CUCUCUCUCUCUCUCUCUCUCUCUCUCUCUCUCUCUCUCUCUCUUUCUUUCUCUGCGGAAUGCGCACUGCACUGGUGGGUGGGCAGAACACCGGGUGUUACAUAGGGAGCGAGAUCUACUCUCACUCAGUUCUCGCUUGAGUGCUCAGGUUUCGGCAGAGUGCCUUGGGUAUCGCUUUUACCCAGUUUUUCAUUUUAAAACGCUUUCCAUUGAGACCUAAAAGACCGUGUUAACCCUUUCUCUACAAUAUUCAAGGGUUGAAUAGCUGUUUAUUACUCUCAAAGAGAGUGUUAGCCUCGAGGCGUUGACUCUGUGAGUGCACAUUUAUUUCGUCUAGGAAAAUGGCAAAAGAUGAAAAGAAGAGCGCAUGGAAAGAGUUCUUCUGGAACCCGAGGACGCGCGAGUUUUGCGGGAGGACCGCAAGCAGCUGGGGUCUGAUCCUGUUGUUUUAUUUGGCAUUCUACAUUUUCCUGGCUGGAUUAUUUGCUCUCACCAUGUACGUAAUGCUGCAGACACUCGAUGACCACAGACCAACAUACCAAGAUAGACUUUCAACUCCAGGGAUGAUGAUCAGACCUAAAGGAGACCAGUUGGAGAUCGCUUACACUGUGGAGUUCACAGAGACCUGGGAAAGAUAUGUCCAGGCCCUCAAUAACUUCCUCUCGCCCUACAAUGACUCAGUCCAGGCCCAGAAAAAUUACGAGUGUAAACCGGAUAGGUACUUCAUCCAGGAGGACAGUGGCAGUUUGAAAAACUUCCCCAAGCGUUCCUGCCAGUUCAACCGCACCAUGUUGGGGAAUUGCUCUGGGCUCACAGAUCGUUAUUAUGGUUACGACGAGGGCAAGCCCUGCGUCAUCAUCAAGCUCAACCGCGUGAUAGGUCUGUUGCCUACUAAGGACGGGCAGCCUCCUUACGUCACAUGUGGUGCUAAGGCGGAUGACUCAGAUAAACUUGGUGAACUGGCGUACUUUCCCCCCAAUGGCACCUUCAACCUUAUGUACUACCCAUACUAUGGCAAGAAAGCCCAGGUAAACUACUCUCAGCCUCUAGUGGCCAUUAAGUUCCUCAACAUCACCACGAACGAGGACGUAAACGUGGAGUGCAAAAUCAAUUCUAACGCGAUUCCCGAGGGCACUGAACGAGACAAGUUUGCUGGACGCGUUUCCUUCAAACUGAGGAUCAACUCCAGAGAUUAAAUAGAUGAAAGUGUGUUCCUCUAUUUUACACAUACACACACACACAGACACACACACAUGCACACACACACAACAGUGUACGAGUGUAUAGUUAUUCACCGAAGGCAAAGCUAGAGACAUAAGCCAGACACAGCAAUCUUCAGCACAGACAAAUCAGAGAAUAAUAAUUAAAAUUUCAAAGAAAUAUAUACAUCUAUUUUUUUUUUCAUUUGAGACUGUAGUGAGGUUGUAGAGAGUUAGCAAGGUUGUGAUUUUGUGUGUAUUAAUGUGUGUACAUCUGUGUGUGUUUGCAUGUGUGAGUUGAGAUAUUACAGUAUUUAUUUUCUGAAACAAAAUUUAAAUUGCAUGCUCAGCUGUCAGAGCUAUUUAUUAAAUAAUAUAUUAUUCUAUUAAGCAAUAUUAAGAAUAAAGGGAUAUAAUUUUUUUUUAAAAGGAGAAAAAUUCAGAACCUAAAAAAAAUGCUGUUUUUUCCCCUCAGUAUCUGUAUUAAUUUAGAAGAAAUUAAUUAUUAUGAUUCCAAAGCAGGUGUCUAUGGAUUAAUGUGCUAUGCUGGCAUGAUCUCAUGUUCGGAGUGAAAUCUCAUGUUUGGAUCUCAUGCUCUUGAGUGUUUGGAUUUUUUUUUAUUUUGUUUUUGUGCAUGCAUGUAUCAGUUGUGAAGAGUGGUAUUUAAAUCUCUUCUAAAUGAAGAGGAUAUUUUAUACCAACAUGUAGAUAAGGUUGAUGAAAGUCAGUUCUACAUUCCUCUCGAGCACACCCGAAAAAACUGAUACAUUCACAAACAUUUCUGCAUUCCUAUUGGUUUCGGCACAGACUGUACGAUCAUAUGUGUCACGUUUCAUUUGUUAUGAGGCGUGUCUAUUUAAGUUUGUUUAUAUGUAUAAAUAGGUAUUUUGCAGUAUUUUCCUUUCUUUUUUUGCAUGUGUAAUCCAAUCUGUCUCACAUGGUGAGGGGAUAUGAUGUUUUGUAUUGAUUUGCACCGGCUCAGAGGAUGACAGCAGGCCUGGGUUCAGUUCAAAAUCUGAAAAAUAGGUAGAAAAAGUGUGUUUGAUAUGUGUAUGUGAGAAUAUGUAUGGAUUCCUGCAUGUGUGUGUUUCAUUUGAUUUGAUUUCUUUUAUGUUAAUCUUUGUGCACAAUUUACUUUGAGUAUUUUUGGAUUUUGUUGUAAGUGAUUUAAUAGAGAUAGAUAGAGAGGCUCUAAGAGCUGGAACAGAAGGCUUAUGUUUCUGCUGAUAAGGAAGACAGAAGUGAAUCCAACCCAGUCCUUACCCUGCAUGAGUCAAUAAAACAAAAACAAAAACCAACAAAAAAAAAAACAUGGUCACUCACCUCAUUUCUUUUCAUUUUUUAAAUCUCAUUUCUCUCUUUUAUGUUUUUAAGCACAAAAGUUCACUCUCUGAGCACAUACACCUCAUGCUGUGUGUCUUGUGUCUCACGCUAAGGCUACUAUCAUACAGAGAACGGAUCGUCCAUAAGAAUGUACACACUGCUUCUCUGUGUCAUAUAGUCGCUCUGACGAGAGUUUGAGUGUGUACACUUCCUCUAAUGCCCUAAUCCUUUAAUCUCACAGGAUAAUCCUAAACAGGUAUGGCGCUCUACACCAACAUUUCCCCAAAAGUGUCUGUCUAUCUAUCUGUCAGACAUAAAUUGUCAUUUACUGAAGAAUAUUCAACAUAUUUAUCACAUUUGAUCACUUUCACAUGUACGUCUGUGAUGUCUGUAUAUUGAAUAUUUUAUGUUUGUGCACGGUGAGGAUGUUAUCUGACCUAGCAGAGAAAGCUUCAAAUCAACAAAAUUAAAUAUUCAUUUACCUCAGGCCCCAGCUCACAUUUCAGUAACUUGAUCCU